AUGCGGAUAAGAUUACCUUUUGCAGGUAUUUUCCUGCUCUUGCUGCUGCUGGCUGGCUACGCCGGUCUCUCCACUCUGCAGCUCGGCAGCUAUGUGAACGACAAAGUCCUCCAUUUCGUGACAUUCUUCCUUCUUACGGUCGUCUUCUACUGGAUCGUUGAUACCAGCCGGCGACGAACCUUGAACAUGACGCUUCUCGUCUGCACCGUCAUCCUAGGCAUCGGAUCCGAAUUCGUGCAGAGCUUUCUCCCAAACGAUCGAGAUUUCGACCUCUAUGAUAUCGUAGCAAACAUCGUCGGCAGUUUGCUUGGAGUUGGGAUUUGUGCAUGGUACCAUAAGCGAAUGCUUGAGCGAAAAAGACAGCGCAAGCAUUAUGAUGCUGUUCCGGGCGAAGACGCCGAAGACGUAGAGCUCGGUGAGGGUCAGGAAUCAGGAAUCUUGACCGCCUCGACCCGGAGCAGGACUCUCGAAGAGGAAGUUGACAAUUGGGAUGAGAAUGCAGAGGAUAACUGGGACGAUGACAACGCAUUGGAUACCGAGCCACCGCCAGCUACAGCAGCCAAUGUAGCCGACGCAGCUGAUAAUCGGGAAGCCAAGAAACGUACAGACUAA